AUGGAGGCAAAUUCACAUGAGGAUAACAACUCGGAUACAGACGCUCGUUUACCGCCACACAAGCGUCUUCUAGCGGGACUCAAAAAACAUAUUCCCGAUGUUUAUUCCUCCGGCCCGUCUACUCCUUGUAGUGCUGACUGUGAAUACUAUGCCCGCCUCAACAACCUCCUGAGGUUCCAUUUGAGUAACCCUAAUCUCUCGAAUGAGGAGCUUCUAGAAUCUUCCAGAAAUGCCGCAAUAGAAGCUACAAAGUUUGCCGAGGCCAAAAGGGCCAACGCCGAGCAAAAGGCGACCAAGGCCGCCCGUGCGGUGGCGGCCGCCAAGAAUGCCCUCGAACUCGUUGCGGAUCUAGAGGAGGCUGCUGCUAGAAAGGAUAAAAAACGGAAUAAAGUAAAAAAGCAUGUCUCGGUCGAGGCAUUUUAUGAUAAAAAUAAAAGGGAGAAAAAUGCAAAUUGCAGGGUAGAUGAAGAAGCGGCUCGUAAUUUGUAUCGGGCCUCGAACGGCUUGCUGGACUCGGAUUCAAAGAUUCGAAAGCACAAGAAGCUGAAAGAUACUGUUUACAGUACAGAGAGUCGUGUUAAGGAAAUAGACAUGAUGAUCACAGUGGAUUUGAACUCGAAAGACGGUGAAGGCGAAGAAAAAGCGAUUCAGGAUAAUUUGAAUGAAAAAUUUUCCGAGCCAUUGGAUAGUGUCGGUAGAAAGAGAGGGAGGAUCAAGCAGAAAAAGUUGCCGUUGAGCAUUUGUAGCUUCGAGGACCGAGCAGCCCCAACAGAUGAGGAAGGCCCGUCUGUUGAUGAUUCGGAAGCAACUGCAGAGAGGUCGUUGAAUUCGGAGUGUGAUUCGCAGAGUAAAGCAAUGGAGUUGUGA